AACACAGCCCAUCAGCUGCCACCAUACGAUGAUCGAUUUACCCUCCCGCUGCGACUGAGGACGUGGGCUAUAGACCUCCAUAUUCAGAUACAACAGAGAUAGCGACAGCCAACAGCCAACAGCGUUUCUCCUCAUCUUACAGCUUACAGCCUAAAGGCGCGCACUGGCCGUCAUGGAGGCCAGGAAGGUCUUCGACGACGUGCAAUGUAUUAAUGGCGGCAUCAUCUCGAACGGUACCCUGCGCCUGACCGAUUUCCACCUUGUCUUCUCCUGUCCGCCUCCAGAGCCAAAGGACGAGUCUCUUCCUACCUCCACGACCCCUCCGAGGGCUCGCGAAUCAUGGAUCACAUAUCCCAUCAUAUCACUCUGCACCCUCCGUCCUACCCCUGCUACUUCAGGCAUUCCAAGCUCGAUACGAUUACGCUGUCGCGACUAUGUGUUCGUGUGCUUCAACUUCGGCGAUGACAAGGCAGCGCGUGAAGCUUUCGACUUCAUCAGGAAUAGAACAUGCAGACUAGGAACUGUCCAGAAUCUAUACGCCUUCACUCACAGGCCUUCAAAAGCAGAGCAGGCCAUCAACGGCUGGGAGCAUUACGAUCCCAAAGCAGAGUUCCGCAGGCAGGGCAUCAGUGAAAAAUUACCGGACAAGGGAUGGCGCAUCACCUGGAUCAAUAAGGACUAUUCUUUUUGCGAUACCUACCCGGCCAUGCUGGUUGUUCCCUCGACGAUUUCCGACAACGUGCUGAAGUACGCCAAAGACUACCGCUCAAGGUGUCGAAUCCCCGUCUUGACCUACCUGCACCCGGUCAACAACUGUACCAUCACUCGAAGUGCCCAGCCUCUGUCUGGCAUCACUCGGAAGAACAAUAUCCAAGACGAGAAGCUAGUGGCAGCCUCUUUUUCAGCUUCACCGUCCUACUCCGACCAUGAUGACCACCUACCACCUCCGCCAAGCGAUAUCGACGCUGUCGAGGCGCAGCUGACCACCUCGGAGAAGUUCGAAGACAGCUUCCUCGCUGGCACACCCCACAUGUACGAUGAGAAGACCGGCAAGAGGCUCAUUUUUGGCGCCCAGCAGCGCAAUCUCAUCGUCGACGCGCGACCGACCGUCAACGCCAUAGUCAACCAAGUGCAAGGCAUGGGAUCGGAGCCCAUGGACCGUUAUCCCGCCGCCAAGAAGAUCUUUCUUAACAUCGACAACAUCCACGUCAUGAGAAACUCACUCAACAGGGUCGUCGAGGCCAUCAAGGACGCCGACAUCUCCCCGCUGCCGCCGAACCGAGAUCUACUGGCCUCCAGCGGCUGGCUCAAGCACACGAGGGCUGUCCUGCAAGGGGCAAGCCUUAUCACCAGGCAGGUCGGCAUUUACCACUCUCACGUGCUCAUUCACUGCUCCGACGGCUGGGAUCGAACCAGUCAGCUCAGUGCCCUGAGCCAGAUCAUGCUUGACCCUUACUUCCGCACAAUCGAAGGCUUCGUUAAUCUCGUCGAAAAAGACUGGCUUUCCUUCGGGCACAUGUUCCGGCUGCGGUCCGGUCAUCUGAGCCACGAGAGCUGCUUCGUCGUCCAACGGGACGCCAUGGCAGGAUCUACCAUCCAACCGGGCGAGAACGACGGCCGCGCCGACGCCUUCCAGAAUGCCAUUGCGAAUGCCAAGCGCUUCUUCAAUCAGAGCAAAGACGACCCCGCCGAUCUGGACGUGGCCGCCGAAGGUGCGACAGGGUCGAUUGCCAACGAUGAAGCUACCGUCCCCAAGAUGGUCAGCCCCGUCUUCCACCAAUUUCUCGAUUGUGCGUAUCAGCUCAUCCGGCAAUUCCCCAACCGCUUCGAGUACAACGAGCGUUUCCUUCGGCGCCUGCUUUAUCACCUCCACUCUUGUCAGUACGGCACGUUUCUUUAUAACUCGGAGAAGCAGCGUCAUGAUGCGCAAGCCGUGCAGAAAACCUCCUCGGUCUGGGACUACUUCCUUGCCAGGAGGGCCGAAUUCACCAACAAGGACUACGACCCCGUCAUCGACGACCACGUCCCGGGCCGCGAGAGGAUCAUGUUCCCUAAGCUGGACGGCAUCCGUUGGUGGCAUCAGGUCUUCAACCGGACCGAUGAGGAGAUGAAUAGCCACCUCAACGCUGCAGAGGCGGCCGAGCUGUCCAUAGCCUCGGCGAUGGCCAAUCUCGGCUCGGAUGGCCCGCGUGGCCGGAGCCGAGCGGGGACGCCGACGUACCACAUCACCGAUGCGAGGCCGCCCGGUCUGCCUGCCAGCCAAUCGGUUGUCGCGGCUGUCGAGACGGCCCACGAGACGCUCACCCCCGACAACGCGAGGACGUUACAUCGGAGCGCGUCAGCCGACAAUACGAGCGCCUUUGCGGCUCUGCGUAGGGGGGUGAACAUGUUGAGCAGUAUGGGUGGUCGGGGCAGCUCUCCCGGCCCGGAAGAAGCGAGAGUUCCCGCGCGUGCUGAACAGGAACUCCGUCCCCUUAACGUUGCGGAGUGACGAUUGUUGCUGUAUACGGGUAGAUUAAUCAAGUGGGAUGGAAACCAGCGUAUUUGGGACAGCGGUGAGGCGAAAAAGGACAUGGCGUACCGGAUAGAUGAUUUGUCAUUACCAGCGUUGUGAUACGAGGGAACGUUCGCAAAGUCGAAUAUCUCGUGGAAGUGAGACACGGAUCCGUGGGUUUUCCUCUGUUCUCUACUAGCGAUAAACUACAACGACCGACAAUGGUGGUUUGUUUAUAAUCGUUGAUCAUCCAUGGAUUCAUUGUCUUUGGGAAGUGUUGUAACAGAAGCUCUAACCUGUCUGACACGCAUCUUCUAUAAAGUUCGGACCCGUCAUGAUCAUCAUCACCCUAGCGUUUUGUCUCCUUCCUCUUUAUUGGGUUUUUUUCUUUCUUUUCCUUUUUCCUUUUCUUUCUCUAUAAGAAGACCUCGAGAUUGAUCUCGAGCGUACUCACGG